GGAAAUUGAUAACAUUUAUAUGAACCAUUUAUAUAUUGUUAUGAUUUAGUUAUAUUUAUAUUUCGAAUUGAAAAAUGGUUUUCAAAUGUCAAAUAGAUAGUUUCUUGCAAGAGUUUGAAUCUAAAGUUAUUCUAUGUGAACCCGCUUCGCUGAAGAAAAAGAGCUCCAGCGGUAAGGACGAAUGUGUCAAUGGAUUCAAUGUUGUGCUGGAAGACACUAUUCUUUUUCCAGAAGGGGGUGGACAGCCUUGCGAUUUUGGCUUUAUGAAUGACAAGCCGAUCAUCGAUGUACAGCGAAAAGGAAUAGAGGCCCAUCAUUUCGUGUGUGAUUCUGAAACACAAUCACCUCCAUUCAAUGUUGGUGAUAUUGUAAAGUGCAAGAUAGAUUGGAAAAGAAGACAUGAUCAUAUGCAACAACAUUCAGGACAACACUUAUUAUCGGCCAUAUUGGAACGCGAAUAUAAUGUGGCAACAAAAUCGUGGUGGCUAGGAACUGAACUUUCAUUCAUAGAGAUCGAUCCAAAAAUUAAUCUUACUGCCGCACAAAUUGCAAACAUAGAAAACAUAUGCAAUGAGUUGAUUGCAACAUCAACGCCAGUUUCUGUUCACACUUUGACCGAUAAAAAUGAAGCUGAUAUUCCUGCCGAGAUCACCCGAGCAACCAAAGGCUUACCUAAAGAUCAUGUUGGAGAUAUACGUAUUAUAGAGAUAGAAGGAAUUGAUGCAAACAUGUGUUGUGGAACACAUGUUUCAAAUUUGGCCCAAUUACAAUGCAUUAAACUACUUAAUCUUGAGAAAAAUAAGAAUCGACAAUUCUUGAAUUUUUUAGUGGGUAAACGCGUUUUGAAACGUCUUCAAGAAUGCAUUGACCGGGAGUAUGAAUUUAAUACAAUCUUAAAAGGCGGACCUCAAUGGCAUAUCGAAUUAGUGAAAAAAAUUCAAAUAAAUCAGAAACAAAAUCAAAAAGCUCUUUCAUUAUGCUUGAAAGAGUUGGCAGUUCACGAGGCAGCACGGUUGAAACUAAUCAAUCCUCAGCCAAAAUGGUAUUCAUUACAUCGAAAAGAUGGUAUCGAUACCGAUUUUAUCAGUACAUUUUUAAAAAAUGUACCGGAAAUCAAAAAUGCAUCGAAUGGUUUAUCACUUUUGUUCUUGACUUCUGCGGAAGAAAGUGGCGAGAGAGGCAAUAUGAUUUUGUAUGGUGAUGAAAAUGUCGUUGCUGAUUUGGGAGACAAACUUUGUGAAGUAUUAAAUGGUAAAGGCAGAGGCAAAGGUCAACGUUUUCAAGCGAAAGUAAACAAUCUUUUUAAGAUAUCCGCAUGCGAAAAGUUAAUAGAUGAAUACUUUAACCACAAAUAAUUGAAUUAUUCGGAAUUUCUGUACGAAAAAGUAAUCAAAAUAAAUAAAAUAAUCAGUAUUAUGCAUUUUAACUGG